GUGAACUUUAAUUUGUGCGGAUCAUGCAUGGCCCAACAACACCAUCCAGAACAUGAUUUUCUCGUCCUGCAGCAGUCGGAUGAACCGACUGCAGGAAUCUCGGAAUUACGAGAAGCCCACGCAGCCGGACUGGAAAGGUCAAAAGACCCGGAAUGGUUAGCUAGCGAAUCACAUGGCUGCAUUGGUUGCGACAGCUGCGGUACGCAGCCGAUUACCGGCACUCGUUUCAAAUGCCUUUCGUCGGCAUGCAAUGCAGAUUUAUGCACGUCCUGCAUGGCACAAGGACACCAUCCCGAACAUGAUAUGUUAGCGAUUCGAAAACCGCACAGAAGGACGUCGUUGAUAUUCCUGUGGCAGCUGAAAUACCUUAAUGGACUGGAAUAAAAUACGUUGCCUACAAUUCUUUUAAUAAAC